AUGACUGCCAAGUCAUGGCAAGGCGCCCGAAGCGGGUCCUGCGGCGCGUGCACGCAGCAAGGUGCUGGAGUCGACCCUGCCACACCCACGUUUUGCGUCGAAAAUUAUCCCGCAUCAUCAUCAUCAUCAAUGACAAGACUGCCAAGCGAUGCCGAACACAAACAAGACGAAAAUGACACACCGACUAAACCAACGAUCCCUCGAUUUCCAGGGCGCCUCGGAUCUUUCAAUGACUACGUAUCGAUAAUGGCGACAGAGAUGUCCUUUCUCGAAAAUAACGGCUUCUUAGCAGCCGCAGCCGUUGUGGUUGUGCUACAAGAGACGACAGUCCAACGCCUCCUCAUUCGCCAAAGGGACCCUCAAGUACGUGAAGACGCGAUAAUUCGGCUCCGGCGAUGCAGAGACACCAUCAAGAAGCUCAGAGGUCGCCAAACUUCUCUCGGGCAUCGAGCAGACCAUCUCGAUCGCGUUCUACUCGAGAUCAGGAAGGAUAUCCAACAUUUUGACAAGGCCGAUCCCCCUAUGGAAGCCCACCUGCCUGCAAAUACGACCCUGGGACCAUCACCCUUAUCGUCUGGUCUACUCACGCAAGCGACAAUCCCAGACCAGCCAUCACCAUCACUAGUUUUUGACGAUGUCAUCAAUUUUGCGCAUGACGAAUUGGAGCUUGAGGUAGGCGUCACUGCGAAAUAG